AUGGAGGACCAGGUCGACUCCAGCUCCAAUUGGCGCCAGUCAGCGCUCAGCUUCGCGAGCGGUGCCGCUCUCCAGGACCCCACCCGCAGUCGGGGACCCCGAAACCCCUACUCGACGUCCGCGACGACGAAGGCGACUUGCCCGUCCGCGUUCUCCUCGACGGCCACGGCCCUCGUCGCCCGUCGUCGCCAGCUCUUCGAUAUGCCCGGCAUUACGUUUCCCGUAGACGCCCCGUACGGCCGGGAAACCACGUUCGACCACGCGGUGGUGCCCUUCGCCAACGGCGGCGAGCCCACCGCGAUCCCCAUCGACCCUGCCCUCGCCGCACCCGCUAUCGAUCCCGCGUUGGUCAACAGCGCGAUUCUUCAGGCUCUGCCGGAGUCGAAGGUCACCAACCCCCUCGAGCUGCUAUCCGAAGUGUCCUCUGCGGCGAGGCAGUACUCGGAAGGCCCCCAAGGCGACCCGUUUGCACGACCACCGUCCCCGAACCCCUACUUCAUCCCUCAACCAGUGACGCCUGCCCCAAAGCCCAAGAAGAAGCGAAAACCACGUCGCGAACCCGAGUGCGGAUAUUGCGAAGGCGAUGACAACAAGAACAAGAAUGCACAUCCAACCUGUCUGCAACUCGGCCACAUCGCAGAGCAACUGUUUUCAUACCCGUGGUGCUGCCAGGACUGCGCUUCUCGUAUCCUUCUGUGUGACCACUGUGAUCGAGGAUGGCACAUGGACUGCCUGGACCCGCCUUUCGAAGAAGCUCCAGAAGGGACAUGGUACUGCCCGAUAUGUGCGCCGUCCGUGCUCCUCAACUCAGCCGAUCCCCCUGCCGUCGCGCCUGAUGUCGAGAUGUACAACCCCGAACUGAGCUCCGCCGUGCUCUUCGACAAUAGCGUAUACGGUCGCGCAUCCUCCGUCGCCUCCACGUCCCAUUCCCUCCCCCUUCCCCCGCCACCAGCACCACCACCUGCCUUGCCUAAAACCUACAGAUCGAAGUCGCGAAAAACCAAGUCCAUCGCCGGCGCGUCCGAGGAAUCGGACGUCGGUGGCGAGCCUGCCAUCGACGACGCCGUAUCGCCCGCGAAGAUGCGCGAGCGGCCGAAACGAGCGAGAAAGAGCCGGGCCGGAAUGGGCGGCGAGGACACGUUACAGGACGAUGUCCAGACGACAACUCCUCGCGCUCCGCCAAAGCGGUCACACCACAGGGCGCCUAGUCCGACCUCCCCGGCACCUCCGCUCGGACCGAGGAAGGUCCGCCUGAAGCUUACCACGCGCUCGCGGGCGAAGGAGGAGAGCGACGAGGGGCCGCCCAAGGGCCUCUUCGACGACGUCCUCUCCGAACAAGAUCGCGACACGAGCAAGACCUCCAUCACCAACCCCGACAAACAGCGCUUCGAACGGAGCCGUGUCCGCGCCGAGGCUAAAAUCUCCCGUCCUCCUCCUCCUAAUCCCCCAGAUUCGCCGCUCGACGGCCCGUCUUUCAUUCGCCUCCGCUCCGCCACCUCCCAUCGAAAUCUGAACCUCAGCCUCAAUACCUCGGUCACCUCACCCUCUCCUGCGCCUUCAACACCUGGCCCGGGGCGCAGCAAAUCCGCGUUCGAACACGACCCCACAGCCGGGCUGCGCAUUCGACGCAUCCGGUUCGGCGAGUACGACGUCGAGACCUGGUACGACGCGCCGUUCCCGGAGGAGUACAACAACCUUCCCGACGGGAGGUUGUGGUUGUGCGAGUUCUGCUUGAAGUACAUGAAGAGCGGAUUCGUGGCGUUGAGACAUAAGAUAUAUUGCCAGAAUCUAUGUCUGCUGUCGAAGAUGUUCCUGGAUCACAAGUCGCUGUUCUACGAUGUGGAACCGUUCCUGUUCUACGUAAUGACGGAAACGGACGAUGUCGGUGCGCGCUUCGUCGGGUACUUCAGCAAGGAGAAGCGUAGCCCGAAGGACUACAACGUGAGCUGUAUCAUGACCCUGCCGGUCCGGCAACGGAAGGGCUGGGGCAACCUCCUGAUCGACUUCAGUUACCUGCUGUCCAAAAACGAGCAGCGGACGGGUUCGCCAGAGAAGCCUCUUUCCGGCUUGGGCGCGCUGGGUUACCGGAACUACUGGACUCUCGCCAUCAUGCGAUUCUUUCACACGCGACCGGAACAUCCUCGCUUGGAAGACAUCAGCUCGUUCACGUCCAUGACCAUCGAAGACGUUUGCACGACGCUGAAACAACUCGGCAUGAUCACGAUCGAGGACGCCGCACAGCCGGCGCUCAAGCCCGUACCUGGCCAGUCAAUCAAGAAGAACCAGGGCCGCAAGUCGGGCGUCGCCCGCCGCGCGCUGCAGCGCACGCAGACGACGGACAGUGUCAAGACGGACAGCAGCGCGCCCGAGAAGGCCGACGGCCCGUUCGUUGCGCCUGCGCGGUACCAGAUCCAUUGGGACCAGGAGCAGGUCGAUGGGUACCUCCGCAGGUGGCACGACAAGGGCUACCAUACGCUCAAGCCGGACAAGCUCAACUGGAGCCCGUUCCUGGUCGCGAGGACGAAGAAGAGCGACGGCGCGGACGGACUGCCGACUGCGCAGGAUCCGGUGACCCCCGCGGGCGAAGGCAGCACGGUGACGGGCGGCACCGCGCCCGUGGACGUCGACGUGCACAUGGCGGACCCGGACUCGGGAAGGGAAUCGCAGGAGAAGGAGCAGGCCGCCGACAGCGACCCUGCGUCGCGCUCGUCGCCGCCGCCCGACCUCUUUGCGGACGACAAAGACGUGGUCAUCAUUCCCAGCGCCUCGCACACUCCGCAGCCCCGCGCCCGCCGCGUGAGCCGUCAAGCGUCGGCGUCCACCCUUUCGCCGCAGACGACGUCCGCCGCGGACACGAGCGGCGACUUUGCGCUGGCGGCGAGCCUCGCCCUCGAAGAGGGCCACGGCCGGCGACUGCGCACGCGCUCGAACACCCUGACGCCCGCGCCGCGGAAGAAGCGCGAGCCGCCGAUCGUGGAGCUGCGGUCGCUGAGGAAGCGGCGGCGCGUCGAGUCGUCGCCCGAGGUGGAGAGGGGCGACCACGCGGACGUGGAGUCGAUGAGUCCGCCUAUCUCGCCUGCGACGCCCAUGACGCCCGCGGCGGCCCGGGCGCUGAGACGGUCGAGGAAGAAGGACAUGGAAGAGAGCGCCGCGUUGGCGUCGUCGAUCGAUGAGCGCCCCGAGCCGCGAAAGGGGAGGCAACAGCAGCAGCCGAACGGGACGAAGCGGAACAGUCCGCAGGCGCAGGAGGCGGCGCCCCAGGACGAUGCGCAAGCUGCGGGUGCGGAGUCGGAGAUGAAGUACGAGGACCUGCCGACUCCAAACGACCUAGCGGGGCGACAGAGCGUACCGAGCGAUGCGACGGUCGUCGCCGAGGACCUCGGUGGCAUUGGUGUGAAAGCUACAGCUACCGACGAUCAGCCGCAGAUGCAGGAAGAUCCCAUUCCCGCGCCAGCACAGGAUCCAACCGAAAUUAACAACGUUCCUACCCAAGCCAACGGCAUCGCACAGCCUGAGGACGAUCCCGAUGCGGACGCCGAGGGCGAACUAGAUGCGGAGGGCGAAUUGGACGCGGACGGUGAGCUGGACGCGGAGGGCGAGUUAGACGCGGAGGGCGAGGACGACGACGAAUAUAAUCUGUAG